GCUCUGCCCAAUCAAGGAAGGAUUGACGUGAUGUGCUAUGCUGUGCUGUGCAAGUGCGAUCAAGCGUCAAUCGGCCGACCUCACGUGUGAGUCACUGUGAAGGCGAAACGUAGAACUGUCAGCCCGCCCACUCUCACACCCACUCAGUUGUCGUGGAUAGGAUACCAUCACACUCCCUCCCCGUGAGACCUAAAACUUGUGUAGCAUGCAUGUCACGAUCGAUGCACACUCACUGCUACGUAUGUCAGUCACAUCAGCCAGCCAGCCAGCGCAGAGAGGGGCAAACAGAUCUCCUCGGGCAGGCAGGCAGAGACAUGCACGCACACACGACAGACACCCAUAUGCACCACAAACACAUUCGCUUGGUCGGUCGCUCCAUAUGAAUCGCUUGACGCGACGCAAUAAUAUAAUCAGUCACCUGGUAUAGCCCUGUGUGUUGGUGCCAGCUGUGUCUGGGAAGACCUUGACGCCUCCCUCCCUGUACUCUGGGUUAAACCACCGCCGCUGCUUGCCCUCCUCCUCGCUCAGCUUGCUCAGGCGCGCCAUGUCAUCGUCCGACAACUGAAAGCCAAACACCUGACAGACACAUGCACAGCAUGCCACGGUCACCAACCAAGAGACAGACACGCACACACGUGUGUGUGAGGGGGCCGGGGCGCCAUGGCAUGGCGUGUGCGCGAUGUGAUUAUACUCACUUUGGUGUUGUCGAUGAUGCGUGACGGCGUGACGCUCUUGGGGAUGACGAUGACGCCCCGCUGCAGGUGCCAACGGAGGCAAAUCUGCACACACAGAGACAAGAGACGAGCAGAGGGUGGACACACACAGGGGAGCCGAGCCUCCCUCUGGGAUCAGCUCACUCGAGUAGGUACCUGUGCGGGCGACUUGUUGUAUUUGUUGCCGAGGUCGACGACGAGGGGGUCGGUGAGGCCCGAGAUGUCGUUGUCGCGCACGUUGCCAAGGGGGCUGUACGCCACCAUGUGAAUGCCCUCAGACUGACAUACCGACCGACCGACACAAAUGUAGACUGACUGACAGGUGGUGCCGCCUGUGUGUGUGUGAAGCAGUCUGUCUGGGGUGGUGUGGUGUGGUUGUGACCUUGAGGAAGUCCUUGAGUUGGUGCUGUGGCCUGAAGGGGUGGCACUCCACCUGAUCCACCACAGGCGGGAUGUCGCAGUUGUCCAAGAUCAACUUGGCCUCCUGAGAUGACACACACAAAUCACACAAACACAGCCAUCGCCACCCAGGCAGGCCCCUUCCUUCUCUGCCGGUCGGUCUCUCUGCCCUCGUCUGACCUCGAUGGAGAAGUUGCUCAUGCCGAGUGUCUUGACGAGUCCCUCGUCGACCAGCUUCUCCAUCGCACGCCAUGUGUCGGUCAGCCCCACAUCGGCCGCGCGGAUGACGCCGUUCUCGUCCUUGGGCCAGGGCUCCGUGGCGAUGUCGCUGGGCACCAUGGGGCAGGGCCAGUGGGGCAGGUACUGGUCGAUGUACUCGAGACCCAGGUCAUCCAACGUUUUUUGCAGCCCGGACUUGACAUCCUCGGGGCGAAACUUGGUGCCUGGUGGACACACAGGAGAGAGAGAGCGGGUGAUUUGUUGGUCCGUCUGUCUGUCUGCGUGCUUACACCACAGCUUGGAGGUGACCCAGAGCUUGUCGCGUGUGAUCUUGCCGGCAGCGAUUGCCUUUGCGAUGCCGUCGCCCACCUCGUGCUCGUUGCGAUAGAUGGCCGCGCAGUCCAGGUGGAUGUACCCAUUGCUCAGGGCACACUGCAGACCAACACAACACAACACAACACAGCGAGCGGCAAAUCGACGCACCUCUCCUAGCUCUCUCUAUCCCUCCCCUGUCCCGCUUGUUGAUACCUCCACUGCCUGUGCGACUUCGUUGGGCUGUGCCCGCCACGUGCCCAGGCCGAACCGAGGCAUCCCGAGCGUCUUGCCAGCGCGCAAAGGCUGCAACCAGCACACACACGCACACAAGCAUCUCUCUCAAGACACGUCGUUGGAGGCUUGGUGCCAUUCUCUGGUGCACCACGCGGCUCUCAAGGUUGCACUCCGCCAGGUCGGCCGCCAUGCUCUUCUCGCCUCCCAUUGUUGUCGCAAGGAUGCGGCAAAACUGACAACAGGCAAAACGUUCCUGAUUGCACCCUCUGG